CAGAGCACGUCUGCCAUCCUGAUGGAGAACAUGGAUCUGUACAUGCUGAACCCCUGCAGUACCAAGAUCUGGUUUGUUAUUGAGCUCUGUGAGCCAAUCCAGGUGAAGCAGCUGGAUAUUGCAAACUUUGAGUUGUUCUCCUCUACACCAAAAGAUUUCCUUGUGUCUAUAAGUGACAGGUAUCCGACCAAUAAGUGGAUCAAGCUGGGCACCUUUCACGCCCGUGAUGAACGCACAGUACAGAGCUUCCCUCUGGAUGAGCAACUCUAUGCCAAAUAUGUCAAGAUGUUCAUCAAAUAUAUGAAGGUUGAGCUGCUUUCCCACUUUGGCUCUGAACACUUCUGUCCUCUCAGCCUGAUCAGGGUGUUUGGCACCAGUAUGGUGGAGGAGUAUGAUGAGAUCGCUGACUCUCAGUACACCUCAGAGAGAGCCGAGUAUUUGGAUGAAGACUAUGAUUACCCGCCCGGCUACCUGCCAUCAGAGGACAAGACUUCGAAGAAUCUGCUGGGGUCUGCCACAAACGCCAUCUUGAACAUGGUAAACAACAUCGCAGCAAAUGUGCUAGGAGGGAAACCAGAGCUAGAGGACGGAGUGGAAAUGGAAGGAAACGUUUCCACUGGGACAGAAAACGUCACACAGGCGUCAGCAGAAACCUCACUCACGCCAGAACCCACCCCUACUGAACAGCCCUCUACGCUGGAUUUUCUUGAGCUGGAUCCCACUCUAGUGAAAGAGGACUUAGAGGUUCCUGUUCCUGAGGCUCCUUCAGAACCUCCCCCUGAGGAAAACCGUAUCGUCAUCCUCAUUGAGGAGGAAGAAGAGGCCACCCAGCCUACGGUGACCCUGCUGGAGGAGGAGCGCGAGGUGGAGAAGAGACUAGAGGAGAUUUGGGAGAAGGAGAGCGCCACGUACUGCGGCCACCUCUCGACUUUGUCCUGUUUGGCGUCUUUGCACGAACACUUCUAUUGCUACUGUUCGGCAGCUUUAGCACUACAGCGCCAGCGUAGAGACUGCCACCACAAAGCACAGCACACACACACCGAAACAGACUCUCAAACCACCCCUCAGCAGUCCCUCCCUGACACCACCCCAACCCAAGAGCCCCCGGCACCCUCUGAGAAACUUCCAGAAACAGAGCGGCCCUCAAAAGCACAAGCUGAGAGGAUUUCCCCUACUGAAACAGUGGCUCCUCCCCCUCAGUCCUCCAGUGGGGAGACUGCGGUGAGCGAGCAGGAGCUCCCACCUGAGACUAUCCUGUUAGAGCCCAGUCGUACCUCCACCCUUCCCCCACACAGCCUCUCAGACACCCCCACCCAAAACAUCCCAGAGUCUCUACCCACAGGAGAGCCCAUGGACCAGCGUCCGCAGUACCUGGUAGACAUCCCAGAAACCCUUACUCCGGUCAGCAGCAGCCUCCUCUCUCCCAGUGCUGCCUCCUCUCCGCUCUCCUCCUCCACCACCACUGAACCCCACAGCCCAGAGACGGACCCUCCCAAACUGGAGCUCCCCGUCCCCACCAAAGAUCCGACGGUUCAGCCGUUGCCCACCCACACUCGCCCCGCUGAUAUCCCACCUCCGACUGAACUCCCCGUCCCGCUCCCAGAGGCCUCGGAUAACGGCAGGACCGCAGGGGUUGAAGAUCCUCACCACAGUGCUGUGGCCACCCAACCAGAGCUUUCCGAAGCCCCUCUGUCUCAGCAAGAGGAGACUGUAGAUGACAUUCUGCUCCCACACCGCACCGCCGGAGAGUUUUACGCAGAGCAGCAGCAUUCGGCGGAAAUGGGCCACGGGAAUGGAAACGGUAACGGGAAUCAUGUGCAUGGAUCCAACCAGAAGGAAUCUGUGUUCAUGAGAUUGAAUAACAGAAUUAAAGCACUAGAAAUGAACAUGUCCCUCAGCAGCAGAUACCUGGAGGAGCUCAGCCAGAGGUAUCGUAAACAGAUGGAGGAGAUGCAACGGGCUUUCAACAAGACCAUCAUCAAACUGCAGAACACCUCCAGAAUCGCAGAAGAGCAGGACCAGAAACAGACAGAGUCUAUACAGAUGUUACAGAGCCAGCUGGAGAACGCCACCAAGCUCAUGCUGAACCUGUCUGCCACUGUUGCUCAGCUACAGAGAGAGGUGUCUGACAGACAGAGUUACCUGGUGCUGUCUCUGAUCCUGUGUCUGACGCUGGGUCUGCUGCUCUGUAUGCAGUGCUGCAGGAGCUCACCCACUCACAACACCAGCUCAAGCAUUCCCAUGAGCAACCACUACCCCAGCCCUAAGAGGUGUUUUUCCUCAUACGAUGAUAUGAGUCUGAAACGGAGAGUGUCUUGCCCUCUCGUCCGUUCAAAGUCAUUUCAGCUGCCCACAUCAGAAGUAGGUCCUGAUGACUUGUACAUUGUAGAACCUCUAAGGUUUUCUCCAGGGAAAAAGAAGAAACGCUGCAAGACAAAAGGAGGGGAGCGAGUGGAGACGCUCCAGGCCUCCGUCCCCUCAGCGACGGUUGUUAAUGUCGGUGAAUCAUCAUCUUUUCAAUUCCUGCCAUCACCGUGCAACGGCUGUGUGUCCACCUGCUCGUCCAGGGACUGUGUGUCCGAGGGCAGCUCCGAGAGCUCUGCUUCUACACUGUCUGAGGAGUCCUUCAGCUGCGCCCCCUCCAUGAACGGACACGACCCAAACCUGUGCAACGGCGAGCCCCCGGCGCUUUUCCCUCCAGCCAAGAGCAAGACGGAGAAGAGGUCGCUGAAACGACGCAAGUCUAGGAACGCUGAGCAGCAGGAGGCCCUGCGUGUGGGGGAGAUACUGCACGCAUCACUUCCUGUGACGGUCAUGCCCACGCUGGAGGAACUCAUGAAGGGGAAGGCGGAUCUGGCCGUGGCCACUUUCGGAAGGACAGCUGUUACAGGACGAGUUUGAGUUCUUAUGCCACCAUCUUUCCUUUUCUUGUUCCAUCUCACCACCGUUUUGAGAUUUUAUUGUGAGCGCUGAUCCUGACGCCGCCUUCACUACAUCCUGGUUCUCUGAACUAUGUGCCUUUUUUUUAUCCAAUCAGGAUCGUUUUUUUUUGUUAUUCCCUUUAAUUUGUUUUUAUUCUUCUGGGAAGGUUCUGACUGCUAAACAUUCACAAGUAUGAAUGAGACUUGAUUUGAUGUUCUCUGAACAUACAUACGGCUCGUGCAAAUGUGACUCUGCGUCACCGUGACCAGGAGUUUAGACGGGGAACGUGUGGACAGUCCGAUUUCAAUUCCGGCAAACACAUUCAACGGGUUUCUUUACACUAACAUGACCCUCUUUCACUGUCCCUUUAAUGCUCUCGCUCUCUCGUUUCCUUCCUCGGUGGAAGUAUAAAUCGUGUACAUGUGAGUGUGUGUCAUUGUUUGUGGUUGGUUUGUGGGACCAGUGAUGUCACAUAGCACAGGGCUUCAAUCCAGUGAACAGAGCUGAAUGAUGAACAGAUCCAGUUCAUGUUGAUUCUGUCUUUAUUUCCUCUCUUAGGGGGUAAAUUAAAGCCUUUUAAUUAGACCAACGAGUCGUGGCUAUUCAUACAUGAACAUGUACAGAUUGUGACGCACACAACAGUGUCUCAUGUUCAAUCUCCAGCUUUUUCAAGCAUGUUUACAGCUCAUUUUCUUCGUGUUCAGUGUAGCCGUCAUAAAAAAAGACGCAUGCAGAUAUUCACUUUUUACAUUUUUAUUCACUUUAUAUAUACACAGGGACGUUGUAGGGGACAUUCUGUUAUGUUAGUGGUAAUUAUUUAUGUAUUUAUUUAUUUAAAUGUGACCCUGGCUCUAUGAGAUUGUGGUCAUGUGACAUGAGAUACGGUAGCCCCUCCCUCCUCCAUGUUUGAGAUUUAUUACAGAUACACACGAAUGGUACAGACAGCGUCUUUCUGUUCUCUAAAGUCUGCGCACCCUACCUUUUUUUUUUUUGAGAUAGCUGGAUUCUGAUUUUGACAUUUUUAUAUUGGAUGUUUGAUUUAUUUUAUUAUUUUGCCUUCAAAUCAGAUUUCAAUAUCAAAUGAGGCAUCAGAUAAACCCGUGAUCAUGGUGAUGUUGUGAAUCUGAUUGGCUCAGCUUCUGUUUGACCCUUCUGGCUUGUCCUCGGCUGGAUCUGUUCGGAUGAGCUUUGAGUUACUGGAUUCGGGGGGAAAUCGUAAAAAUGGCCGAGCUCUCGUUGUUGUGCAAAUAUUAUGCAUGAGUCCAGCAAAGCAACCGUGUGGUUUGUCCUACCGGUCACGUACGUGUAAAGUUUAUCUGUGUGUGUGUGUGUCCAGCAUCUUCUCUAGUCACACACUCCGUGUCCCUAUUAACACACUUAUGUAUUUGUGUGUUUGCUGCUUUCUUAGUUCUUUUUAAUGCACCUAAUAGACCAUUUGGCAUCCCAGCUGUGCGGGGUCUUGUGUGUUGUGUAAGAUUGUAAGUGUUUUUUUCAUGCAGAUGAUCCCAUCAUUGACCUUUUAUCAAACUCUGGGCUUUAGAGAAUGUGAAUCAACAACACUAUUUCAAUAAAAGGGAAAGAUUGGGAUGGCGUGCGAUGGACCAUCUCUGUGUGAUUUCCAUGAUAUAUGUUCCACUUUAAAACGUUUUCUCCUUUUUGAAUGGAAAUUGAUAUAUGCUUGGGGAAUUUGUUUAUGUCUGGAUGUUUUUUUUGUUUUUUUUCAUGCAGUGUGUGUGUGUUGAAUAUAAUUUCCGGUACCCCAGUGAGUAGAGACCGGAGAUGUUUGGAGAACUCCACACAUGCCUUUGUUUUUCUACACCACACCUUGUACAAGUGCUUUUCGCCACAGGCUUCCUUUAGAACGGCGCCCUCUAGUGUCUAAUGCUUGAUUUAUUUAAACGUCCGCUAGGUGGCGCCCAGAUGAAAUCUCAUAACCUGUGAGGACGAACUGCACAGUAUUUGAUUUUCUUUUCUUCUUUUUUUUUUUCAGUUGUAACUACAGCAUUGUAGUGCCAUUAGAAACUGUGAAUUUAUAAAUAAACAUUUCGUUGUCUUUA